UGACAUUCAUGCAGGCACCGAAACCGGAAACGUUAUCGGGCAAAUAAACAAUGCCAGGCCAUAAUAAUCAUCUCCAUGAAAUAUCCUAACAGUUUGCAUUGAAACAGGUGUGUUUAAAAUGUCUAAAGGGGAGAUUCUGAGAGGUUUCGUGACCGAGAGACUCUCCGCGGCCUCCAGGGAGAUCUUAGCGGCUGUGGACAGAAUUGUAGCCGAAUAUGAGGAGGAGGUUUCGGGCUUCAGACAGCAGAUCAGCCGGCAGACGAUCCAACUGGAGCUCCUUCAGGAUCGGGUCACACCUAACACAGCAGGAGAGAAGGGCAACUGCCUUGAAGAAGAGGAGCAGGAUGAAGAUGAGGAGGAGCAUCCAGAAAACUCGACCAAUCAAACGCCAUCAAGCAGGUGUCAGACUAAAAAGAGGAACCCUGGGAUUAUUGAAAGUCAGAAACACGUGGAGCUCAGGAUCUGCAUCCUGGAGGAUUUUAACACCGAUGUGCUCUCGAAUAAAGUUUUAAAGAAAUGUCCCCUGCUGAAACUGAAAUGUCCCCAAGGCUUGAUGGAGGAAGACUUCAUGAACUUCCUGAGGGGCAGCAUUCCCCUGUGCGCAGAAAAUGAACAUUUUGACAUUUUAACGUCCGACAAGAGACGGAGACUGAAGCCUCUUACAGUGAAAACACUGACGGCGGAGGAGAUCCACAGACACACGCCUCUCUACAUCCGACUGAAGCAAAAGGAUCCGGAAGCCAGUGAGGAAGAGAUGAAUCCUCUACAGACAGGAAACAGCAACACUGGAGACUUCCUGUGUGACGAAACAGGCAGCCUGUUUCAGGAAGUUGAAGUCAGCGGAGAAGACCUCUCAACAUCACAGCAAGACAUUGAAACAGAGGCAGCAGGUACCGAGGAUCGUGGGAUAUCGGAGCCAGAGGAGAGGAGAAUUGGCGCUGUGGAAAGAGACGAGGCGAGCGUCAGCGAUGAGGACUGGAAGCCAGACUUGAGUAGCGACUCUGGAUUGUGUUUAUUAAAGACGAAAAAGAAAGGAAAAGCCAAACGCUCUGCUGUAAAAAUGGAGAAAAGCGUGGAUGAUUUCUCCUGCAAAGUGUGCGGAGUGCAGCACGAGUUGGAAACCGCGUUGAUCAAACACGCCUGGAGUCACGUGGACAAAACAGAGAGUCUUUGCGGCGUGUGCGGACAGCAUUCAGAGCUGUUGACGGAUCAUUUUGAAAGCCGACACAAAACCCACGACUGUCACGUCUGCGCUGAGUCUUUCCUCGGCACGCUCAGCCUGGAUGAGCAUGUGGCCGCCCACUCCGGGGAGAAACCGUACGAGUGCGAUGUUUGCAAAGACGCGUUCGCUUUGAAAGUCUGCUUAGAGAAUCACAAGGCGCUCCACGAGAUGCACGGAAAUAAAAAGUCGCACCUCUGCGGAGUGUGCGGUAAACACCUCAGCGACUACCGAUCGCUAUCCCGUCACAAGAUGACCCACUCCGGGGAGAGACCUCACGCCUGUCAGGUGUGCGGGAGGCGGUUCAAACUCCCCGGGACGCUGAGGCAACACGAGAAGAUCCACACUGACCGAAAGAGAUCGUACCUCUGCGACGUUUGCUGCAAGAUGUUCCUGACGAGCAAGCAGCUGCAGAUCCACAUGCGCACGCACACCAACGAGAAGCCAUACCACUGCGGCGAAUGCGGGAAGGGAUUCACCACCAAGGGCCCGUUGACCAUACACAUGCGCGUCCACACCGGAGAGACACCGUACCGCUGCCCCGACUGCGGCUGGUGCUUCAAACGAAAGAUUAACCUGGACAACCACGUCACGGUGCACUCGGGCGCCAAACCAUUUGUUUGCGGGACUUGCGGGAAAGCGUGCGCUCGCAAAACGUACUUAACGGUCCACAUGAGGACGCACAAUGGGGAGAGACCGUACAAGUGCACCAUCUGUGACAAAGCCUUCACUCAGAGCCACUGUCUGAAAACACACAUGAAGAGCCACCAGGGGGGGGAAGCUGCAACGUGACUCUGAAGAUGGAGGAAAUUUAAACGAUAGUUGUUGUGUUUUUUAUUAAUUUAUUCAAGCGAUGUGAUGUUCAUGCAUGCGAGAGUUUUGAGGCUGUCGGAUGAAAUUAAAACCUUGGUAAAAACAUGAUGUUAUAUUAUCACUAGUUUAACCUUUUCAGACUUUUUCUGAAAUUCACAGCAAGUACAUUUAAAGGGUAACAUUCUGGUUCUCAGAAGUGUACUCCGAGUAGGGAAUGAGUCCUUUCCCCGAGUGAAUGAGUUCAAGUAUCUCGGGGUGUAGCGGCCAAAGUCCUGGUGGCUAUAACAGAACAUUACCUUAAAGGAAACUGCCGCUGAGGCUCCAGAUAGGGAAAUGUAUCCCAGGCAAGAGUCACCGUUUGUGCGUUUAUGUGCAUGAUCCCUUACCAAAAGAAAACAGCUUCCUUCCUGAAGCCUUUCCUAUGGGUCUUCCUCUUGAAUCCAACUGUGUUCCUCCCUUACUUGUGACCUAUGACCCUAGUUAUACACCUGAGUGCAGCUAAUCACCACCGCUAAGUGUUCAGAAAUAAUAUGGCAGGAUAAAUAUAAACACAUUAAAUUGACACGCAUAAACUGACCUCUGCACGGGGUCCUGUUCCUACCCUGCCAGGGUUUCUGGUAACUCCGUUGGGGUUAAGUUGAGGUCAGUCAUGGGGAGGGAGUAGGGGAGUAAAUACUUCUGAAAGGUAACCCCCACCUUGUUGUUUUGAGUCUCAGAACAAGUUUGAACAGACAUCACAUUCUAAUAGCUUUGAAGGUUAAGCAAAGUUUAUUGGAAGUGCUAUACGUCCGACUGGUUGGUUACAUUUGUAAUCUGAGGUGUUAGUUCUUCGACACCUCCACCCUCUCAUCAGGCAAACACACAUUUGCAUUAAACUCACAGAAGAUCUGGUUUUCGCUCCUGAUUUGACGGAACAGUGUCGACAUCAGUGCUUCUGUAAACAUCAUUACUUCUGUUUUGCAUUUUCUCUGAGCAGACAUGAACCUGUCAUAAGAUGAAUGAAUAUACUUAUGAGGAGCAAAGUG